ACUUCCUGAAAAUCCGGGAGAUCGAAGAUGGAUUCGGUGUUUGUAAUUGUGCGCAUCGUGCGUGGGAAGCAGUAAUUGGAACUGAAGAAAGUUACAGUGUACAAAAACAAGGAUUCCAAGGUAGUCAUUGACUUAUAGCUGGUUGCUUGGCGACUGUUUGAAUUUACGACAGACCAUCCAAAGGACACUUUUUUACUGAUUGCAAUGGGCUGCCGGGAUGUUCAUGCUGCAACGGUCCUAGCCUUCCUCUCUGGAACAGCUGCUUUAUCAGGACUCAUUGCUGCUGCACUGCUUCCAAACUGGAGACAAAUGCGACUCUACACCUUUAACAAAAAUGAAAAGAAUGUGACCGUUUACAUUGGGCUGUGGAUUAAGUGUGAUCGCUUUGAUGGGAGCAAAGACUGUAUCAUUUAUGAUACUGAGUGGUACACAGCAGUUGAUCAGCUAGAUUUGCGUGUCCUCCAGUUAGCUCUUCCCAUUAGCAUGUUGACCACAGUCUUGGCCCUCUUUCUCUGUUUAAUUGGCAUGUGUAACACAGCUUUUGUAUCCACUGUGCCUAACAUCAAGCAGGUCAGAUGCCUCAUCAAUAGUGCAGGCUGCCAUCUUGUGGCCGGCCUUUUCUUUCUUCUUGCAUGUGUCAUUUGCCUGAUACCAUCAGUUUGGGUCAUCUUUCAUAAUAGAGAGCUGAAUCAAAAAUAUGAGCCUGUUUUCACCUUUGACAUUUCGGUUUACAUUGCUAUUGCCAGUGCAGGUGGCUUAUUAUUUACAGCUAUUCUCUUAUGCCUGUGGUAUUGUGCAUGCAAGACGUUACCUUCCCCUUUCUGGCAGCCUCUAUAUUCGCAUACCCCUAGUGUGCAUAGCUAUGCUUCCCAACCAUAUUCUGCACGAUCACGGCACUCUGCCAUUGAAAUUGACAUCCCUGUGGUUACACGUACUUCUUAAAAGAAUGGGUCAAGAAAG